AUGGAAGACGAAAAUGAAUACAAAAAGUUGCCGACAGAAGAGAAAUGCGUCCAUAAGUUAUGGAAAGCGAGAGUGACCGGUUACGAAGAAGCUAUCAAGCUAUUCAAUCAAAUUGAUGAUGAAAAGUCUCCGGAAUGGAACAAAUACCUUGGACUUAUAAAGAAAUUUGUCACAGAUAGCAAUGUAGUUGCCCAAGAAAAAGGCUUAGAAGCAGCUCUAGUAUUUGUUGAGAACUGUGGUCAUGCUGGAAAAACUACCGGAGAGGUGAUGUCUGGAAUAGUGACUAAAUGUAUCGCAGCACCCAAAACAAAGACUAAGGAUCUCGCUUUACAAAUAACACUCAUGUACAUAGAAAUUGAAAAACAUGAGAUAGUUGAAGAAGAACUCCUUAAAGGCAUGGAACAAAAGAAUCCUAAAGUUGUCGCUGCUUGUAUAUCAGCAUUGAAUACAGCAUUGAAACAGUUUGGCAACAAAGUGGUAGCUAUUAAGCCUAUGGUCAAAAAAAUACCCAUUCUGUUAGCAGACAGAGAUAAAACUGUGAGGGAUGAAAUGAAGGCACUGGUUAUAGAAAUGCAUAGAUGGAUAGGAGCGGCCAUCGAGCCUCACAUAGCGUCCUUGCAGGCUGUAGUACAACAGGAGUUAAGGGAAUCCUUUGGGAGCGGUGGAGCAGCGCAUCCUACGAGGUUCUUGAGAUCACAACAACACCGCCUGAGAGAGGUGCCAGCAGCGGACUAUACUGACGGUCGUGCUGACGAUGAAGAUGCAGAGACUGGUGGCGGUGACUCCGCGGAAAUGGACCCUUACGACCUCUUAGACCCUGUAGAAAUCCUUUCCAAGCUGCCCAAAGACUUCUACGACAAACUAGAAGCCAAGAAGUGGCAAGAAAGAAAGGAAGCUUUGGAUGCUCUCGAUAAUAUACUUAAGACAGCUCCUAAACUAGAGCCGGGGGACUACGCUGAUUUAGUUCGAGCGUUGAAAAAGGUGAUAUCUAAGGACACCAACGUGAUGCUGGUCGCUCUCGGCGGGAGGCUGCUAGGUCUGGUCGCCAGCGGGCUCCGGAACAAGUUCUCACCGUACGCUGUCGCCUGUGUGUCCGCUAUACUGGAGAAAUUCAAAGAAAAGAAGACGAACGUCGUAACCGCAUUAAGAGACGCCAUAGACGCUAUAUAUCCGUGUACGAAUCUAGAAGCUAUAAUGGAAGAUAUGCUAGCAGCCUUCGAUAACAAGAACCCGUCUAUAAAGGCUGAGAGUGCUGUGUUCCUGGCUCGAGCUCUGUGUAUCACACAACCUGCGGCCUUCAACAAGAAACUCAUUAAGGCUUAUGUAGCUGGGCUGUUGAAGUUACUGGAAAGCGCUGAUCCGGCAGUAAGAGACGCCGCUGCUGAAGCCCUGGGUACAGCAACUAAAUUGGUUGGAGAAAAAAAUAUUGCUCCACAUAUUGGUAAACUAGAUAAUUUGAAAGAACAGAAAAUUAAAGAAUUUGCGGAAAAGGCGGAGAUUAAAAUCAAAAUAUCGGCUCCCAAGAAGGAAGUUAAAGCCAAAGCUCCUCCGCCCAGCGGCAAGGGAGAUGCCAAGGCUGGCUCGACUCAACCAAAACCUGUUAAAAGACCAGCAUCUGGAACAGCAAAGAAACCUACAGCCAAGAAGGCCCCCGCGCGAGGCCCUUCAAGUCCCCCGCGGGAAUUGGAAUUAUCAUCUGAAGAAGUAGACUCCAGGGCGGAACAACUGUUCACAUCGGACGUUCUUACUGGUUUAGGAGAUGGUAAUUGGAAGUCUCGUCUGACAGCCGUUCAGUCGUUCCAUUCAACUGUUCAAGGUUUGACUACAUCAGACGCGACAGCACAAGUCUUAUAUAGAACACUCAACAAGAAACCAGGGCUUAAAGAUACUAAUGUUCAAGUAUUGAAAGCUAGGUUGGAGGCCUGUAAAUAUAUCACGGAAAACUUUCCCAUAUCUACAACCGCCGCAGACUUUGUUCUUCAAGAUAUCGUCACGAAGUUGGGUGAAACAUCCUGUUCUUCAAUUUCAUCCGAGUGUCUCACAUCGCUGGCUGAAAGCUGUGGUUUAGAACACGUACUUAAUGAAGGACUCACAUUCGCAAUGGACUCACAGAAGAACCCUAAAGUUCAAGCAGAAAUGUUCAAUUGGAUGGCCGUAGCGAUAAAGGAAUUUGGUUUCACAAUGAAUGUCAAAUCAAUAAUCGCUCAUUCGAAAAAAGCCUUGUCUGCGACGAAUCCCAACGUUCGAACGUCUACCAUCAAUUUCUUGGGAAUACUCUCUUUAUAUGUGGGCCCAUCGCUUAUCAGUCAUUUCGACAGCGAAAAACCCGCUACCAAGCAACUGAUAAGCUUGGAACUAGAUAAAUAUGCUAACAGCACUCCGCCCACGCCUACUAGACAAUUGGGAACAGUGAGUAAGUCGGCAAGUAAAGGUUCAAUAGGAGACGAUCUCGACGAAGCUUAUGAAGAUGCGGCAGAUGAGGAGCCGGCUGCUGUAGAAGAUAACAGACCGAGAACUGAUAUAGCACCGCUUAUCACUGACGCAUUAGUUGCUGAAAUAGGAGAUAAGAAUUGGAAGGUUCGUAACGAAGGUUUGGAUAAAGUGAAGGCAAUCAUUACAAACUCAUCACCAAUCAAACCUUCGCUGGGUGAAUUACCAGCGGCGCUUGUUGCAAGACUUCUAGAUUCUAACUCAAAAUUAGCUCAAAGUGCUCUGCAAAUUUGUGAGCUGCUAGCGACAUCUAUGGGUCCUAAAUGUAAACAGCACGUAAGGACCUUUUUCCCGGCUUUCUUUCAAGCAUUUGGUGAUAGCAAGCAAUGGAUUCGUACAUCAGCUGUGUCGUGUGUUGAUUCGUGGUGCGGGGCGGCGGGCGCGGCGGUUGCCUUUGAUGGGGAAAUGGUUCUAGAUGCUCUUAAAGCCGGUUCACCAGUACUACGAGCUACGCUAUUAACAUGGCUAGCUGAAAAGCUACCUAAUAUUCCUCCCAAGUCGUUUCCUCGCGAGGAGCUAUCUCAAUGCGUGCCUAUACUAUUCGCGUGUCUCGAAGACCGCGCGGCGGAUGUAAGGCGUGCGGCCGCGGACGCCGUGUUCCCAGUCAUGUUGCACCUCGGAUAUGAAGCAAUGCACAAACAGAUGGACAAACUAAAGCCGGGAUCUAAAACUGUUGUGCAAGCGGCUCUGGAUAAAGCUCGUCCUAAUUUGCCGGUACAACCUUUACCGGCUAAGAACAAAAAAGACGAACCCAAAGGUGUGAAGACGGGAGGCGCUUUGAAGAAGGAGGGAGAUAAAAAGGGAACAAUGACUAAGAAGGUGGUUAAACCGGCUUCCGCUUCAAGUCGCGGCAAAAAGGAAGACGAAGAUUGCACUCCUCUGUUACCCAAUAAUAAUGCUAAGAACCAGCGUAUUAUUGACGAUCAGAAAUUGAAAGUAUUGAAAUGGAACUUCACAACACCUCGCGAGGAAUUCUUUGAAUUGCUCAAAGAGCAAAUGAACAGCGCCGGCCUUAAUAAACAACUGGUCGCUAAUAUGUUUCACAGCGACUUUCGCUAUCACUUGAAAGCUAUCGAAGCGUUAUCAGAAGACCUUAAUGAAAACGGAACUGCGUUGAUGGCGAAUUUGGACCUUGUGUUAAAAUGGUUGACCCUGAGAUUCUUUGACACCAACCCUUCAGUCAUAUUAAAGGGCUUGGAAUAUUUGAAUAUUGUGUUCCAGUACUUAAUUGAUAGUGAUUAUACUAUGGCUGAAUAUGAAGCUAAUUGCUUUAUACCGUAUUUAGUACUGAAGGUCGGAGAUCCGAAAGAUACUGUACGAAAUGGUGUAAAGGCUUUGUUCAAACAAAUAGGAGUCGUGUAUUCAGUCACUAAGUUGUUCGGAUAUUUGAUGGAAGGUCUGAAGUCUAAAAACGCCAGGCAAAGGGCUGAAUGUCUGGAGUGCAUUAAUCAUCUUCUGGAGACGUACGGUUCUUCGGUGAUGUCGGGCGGCGGCGCGGCUCUUAAAGAACUGGCUCGUCUCAUAGGAGAUCGGGAUAACGCUGUACGGUCAGCCGCCUUGAAUUGUGUGGCUACAGCAUACUUCUUGGACGGAGAAAGGGUUUAUAAGAUGAUCGGACAGAUAUCUGACAAAGAUCUCUCGCUACUAGAGGAGCGUAUCAAACGAGCUGGUAAGACACGAACAGCGGAGGAGCGUCGGGCGGGGCUGGUGCCGCUGUCGGCUGGUGGCAGACCUCUCAUGCACGCUGUAGAGCAAGAACCAGAACCACCACAAGAGGAGCCCGCUCCGGAAUAUGAGGAAGAGGAAAUUGAAGAACAACCAGUUGUGGUUCAACCGCCGGUGAGAGCAAUGACAGAGCCGAAAGUAAUAACGGGGCCCUUCAGACUCGACCCGGAUCUGAUUGCCAAGCUUGAUGCGGCUGUCCCAGUGGUUCGAAAACCUGAUUUACCCGAAUUGGAUUUGAAGUUCCUAGACGAACCUAUACCUGUGUCUACUGUACGGAAUGUUAGUGCACCGGUCAGGCCAAGUAUGUCUACCCUAUCUCCGUCCCGAGCUACUCCUCACCUAGCACCUCUCAAGCCGGCCCUCGAUGACACUCAGCUAGCUGACACCAUACAUUCUAUAUCGAGCCCGGAUCUCAAUGCGGCUAUCAGAGCUCUAUCCCUGAUAUCCGGUACUCUAGAAUCAGGUCGCGGGGCGGCUGUCGCGUCCCACGAAGCGCGACUUAUAUCAGCGGUAGCCGCUCAACUACGAAGACUAAGAAUGACGCCCGGACCCGCUCAACACACUCUGCAGGCGUAUAAAUGUUUGGCGCAGUCAUUGUCUACUUUCUACGAGACAGCCGGUUGCGGUAGACAAGUGGGUGAAGCAGCGCUAAGGUCUCUGCUGGGCGAGUUAUUACUAGUGCUUGGAGCGUCACCCGCUACGCCGACUACAGAAGCAGAACGUAUCGUCAGAAUACUCAAUAACGUCUGCGUUAGAGUUCUAGAACAUUCACCACGCACAGCGUUGUUAUGUGCAAUUAUAUCACUUCUACACGACUCUAUAGUCGAAUCCGACCCGGCAUAUCCCAGAUACCAAGAUUUAUUACUGAAAUGUUUUUGGAAGACUUUGAAGAUGAUACCCACGUGGGAUGUUAACUCUAUAGAUUACGACGCUGUGUUGUUCAAGAUACAUCUCUUCUACAAGGCCUACCCUAACAGUUAUUGGAAGAAGAAUCCUGAAAUAAGCGACACUCCUUAUAGAACUGUCAAGACUCUAGUCCACACACUAGUCAAGAUGAAGGGAGCGUCGAUAACCAACCACCUCACACAGAUACCUGACGUCAAUGAAUCAGAUUUAUAUCCUUACUUACACAAAGUACUCAAGCAACUAAAGCUAGACGAGCGUAAAGAACCAGAAGUAGUGAACAACGGUGUUCCACCGAGCUCUAUGAACUCAUCGCUACAAGCCGGCCGGUUACCGCGGGGAGUACAUGAUGAGUUAGCAGCUAUACUCAAGAGAAUCGGCUCUAAAGAACAUAAUAGGGAGGCGCGUUAUCACAGCUGUAUGAUCUACGGGAACGUCACCCAGAAGUAG